AUUCCCUAUGUAUAAUGAGAAACUAUACUACGAGAAAUACUGUGCAAGUAAUCGAUACAGUCGUCGACAAUCCUGAAAGAUUUCCGCAGUCACUCGGCAAAGACAAGAGCGAUCAGAAUGAUCUUCAUUGUCUUGUGCAUCUUUGCGUUCUUACUCGGUGAUGAUGUAACCGCAUCAUCUCACGUAGACGAUCUCAUCGCGAAAUUUCUUGUCGACGCGACACCCGUUCUGUUUCCACCCUCAAGAAUAUCUUUACAAUUGUGCAUCGAUUAUGAUGACAUGAUUAAAUUAUCUAAGAUACUGUCUAAUAAGUAUUUGAUGCACAGUAUUCAUAAUGUUUACCAAGAAUUCAACCCAAAGAUUUAUAACAAUUUAGAGCACCAAAAUAUAUACAUAUUGGACUUAGACUGCAAUUAUGCUGUUGAUGUUUUACGACAAGCACAUUUGAAAAGAAUGCUCGUCGCCCCGACAAAGUGGCUACUUCUUCAAGAUCGAAGAAUGAUGAUCAAUAAUGAUGACAACGCUAACGUAAUUUCUACAUACGAUGUGUUAAAAGUUUUCGAAGAUUUAGCAAUCUAUCCUGAUAGUGAUGUGGUCCUUGCACGAAGAUUCGACCAUGAUUUUCUCGAGUUAAUAUCCAUAUAUCGACCGAGUCCACAGCGAAGUGUGAUAUUGGAAAAUCGCGGGAAUUGGACGGUUGAGAAUGGUUUACGAAUGAGAACCUUUGAUGUGGCUUCGGCAAGAAGAAGAAAUCUUCAACAGACAGCCCUUAAAUCUUGCCUUGUGAUGACGGAUCCUAAUACUAUCAAUCAUCUCACUGACUUCAAGGACAAAUCCAUGGAUCCUGUCACAAAAGCUAAUUAUCCCUGGAUACUUCAUUUAGUGAACCGAAUGAAUGCAACAAUAAGUUUCGAAGUUGCAAAUACUUGGGGAUAUCGCAAAGAGAACGGAUCUUGGAGCGGAAUGAUCGGGAUGUUACAGCGAGGCGAAAUCGAUAUUGGUGGCACCGCAACGUUUCUCGUUCCAGAACGUCUUGGAGUCGUGCAAUAUAUUCAACUAUACACACAUACUGGCUCGAGAUUCGUGUUUCGACGGCCUUUACUAUCCACCGUGUCUAAUAUAUUCAUCUUACCCUUUCAACGAAACGUUUGGUUGGCAAUUGCCGUAUUCCUCAUUGUAGCAUUUUGUUUACUCUAUUUAUCCAUCAAAUGGGAAUAUCAACGAGACGAGACAGAAUCAGCAACUUACUGGCACCAAUUGAAUCCCAAUCAGCCAACAAUCAGCGAUAACAUUUUCAUUCUUUUAGGGGCAUUUGCUCAACAAGGAUAUAUGUAUGAACCAUACAGAGUUCCGUCUCGAAUUGUCACUCUCAUGUUACUGCUAGCUUCUUUGAGUCUCUACGCGGCUUACACAGCGAAUAUCGUGGGCCUAUUACAGUCUACUACAGAUUCGAUCAAAACUAUUCCAGAUCUUUUAUCCAGUCCUUUAAAGUUAGGUGCACAGGACGUUGUGUACAACCGAUAUUAUUUCAAGUCUUUUCAAGAUCCCGUUAGAAAGGCGAUUGUGGAACAACGAAUCGAGCCAAAAGGACAUAAACCAAACUGGAUGUCUAUGGACGAAGGUGUACGUCGAGUAAGAAAUGAGCUCUUUGCAUUCCAUGCUGAAAUUGGUACGGUUUAUCAACUGAUGCAAGAGACAUAUCUGGAGGAGGAGAAAUGCGGCUUGACUCAGAUCGAUUUUCUCAACGUUUUGUAUCCACUCCUCGCUAUACAAAUACAGUCACCUUACUCGGAAAUAAUAAAAAAUGGGGCUCUAACACUACGUGAGUAUGGGCUAAAAUAUCGCGAGGAAUACCGUUUGUACACGGAGAAACCGGUGUGCUCCAGUCAGAUCAGCUUUAUCACUAUCGGUUUCACGGAAUGUUACUUCGCUCUGGUCACAAUGGGCUACGGAAUACUCCUCACCGUAAUCGUGUUUGCCCUCGAAUUGUUGUGGCAUAAAAAGCAGAGUGCACAUAAAUAGCAAAAGAAACAUCGAAUGUCAAAAUAAUCGCAUACAGCGAAUUGAUUGCGUAUCCGCAAAGAUACAAUGUGCAGUUCUUAAGAACUGUACUUGAAAUUUUAUUAUCCCACCGAGAGUAUGUAUAUCUUUUUCGCAUUCUCGCGACAAGGAUAAAUCGAUUAGUCAAUAUUACUUCAUUAUAUGCUAAUGUAGUUCCAAGUAAGUGUUACUGCAAAUACAAGCGUAAACAUAAGCAAUAA